AUGGUUUUCUACCCGCCGUCGUGGGUGCCGGCGAUGCCCACCGAGCCCCCUGACUCGAUCAGCAUCGCCGACUUCAUGAGCGACAACAGAUACGGCAGAUAUCCUAUUGAACAAUCGCGCAACCCCUUUACUUGUGGCCUAACGGGAAAGACAUAUUGUGCUGUCGAGGUGGUUGAGCGAGAAAAGGGCAUGGCACGAGCCAUCUUUAAACGACUCAAUCUGGACAGCACUCACUCUGAAUGGGAUACUGUGGUUGCCCUCUUCUCUUUAAACACGAUUGACUAUGUUGCCGUGACCCAUGCAGUGCAUCGGUUAAAUGGAAUCAUCACACCUGUGAAUCCAGCUGCCUCGGCACUGGAAGUAGAGCACCAGUUGCGGUCAUCCCGUGCGAUGGCCCUUUUCACAUGCGUGCCCCUGUUGAAGAUUGCCCUCCAGGCAGCAAAGGCAGUGGGAUUGCCAGAGGAGCGAGUGUUUGUCCUCCCGAUGGCCGGCAAUAAACAGUCCGCGCAAGUCACUAUAGAGGAUCUGGUGAAUGAGGGAAAGGACUUGCCAGAGCCAUCCCUCAAAAAAUGGUCCAAAGGCCAAGGUGCGAGACAAGUCGCGUUCCUGAGCUAUUCGAGCGGAACGUCGGGCCUCCCCAAAGCCGUAAUGAUUUCGCACUACAACGUCAUUGCGAAUAUCAUUCAACUCACCACCUACGAAAGCUUCUACCGAAGACAGCACGGCAUUGACUCGCAGGCCGUCCUCGGGUUACUACCAUUCAGCCACGCUUACGGUCUUGUCGUCAUGGCCCAUGUUGCUCCGUACCGUGGCGACGAGGUCGUCGUCCUGCCAAGGUACAAGCUAGAGACGCUGUUAGCAACAGUGGAGCGAUUCAGGAUCGAGCAGAUCAACAUCGCUCCUCCCAUCCUAGUUCAGAUGGUAUCCAGCCACGACAAGUGUAAGAAGUAUGACCUAGACAGCAUCCGAUUCAUCUACACCGGAGGAGCCCCACUCGCAAGCGAAACUAUGGAGGCACUCUCUUCCCAGUACCCGAAGUGGCAUAUUGGCCAGAUUUACGGGAUGACAGAGACUGCUGUAUGCGUCACAUCAACCAGUGAGUCGGACAUGGUUUCAGGAUCUACUGGCUCUCUUCUCCCGGGUAUCAAGGCAAAGAUCAUUGAUGUCCAGGGACGAGAGGUUGCGGGUUAUGACACGCCAGGUGAAUUGUUGGUUCAGGGGCCUGCAGUAGCUCUUGGAUACUACCACAACGAGGCAGAAACGGCGGACACGUUUAUCUGGGAUGAUCAAGGCCGAUGGAUUCGAACAGGAGAUGAGGCCGUCGUCCGCGAAUCCUCCAACGGGCACGCACAUUUCUUCAUUAUUGACCGAAUAAAGGAGCUUAUCAAAGUCAAGGGUAUGCAGGUCGCACCCGCGGAGCUCGAGGCACAUCUUCUGGCUCACCCCCUUGUCUUCGACUGUGCUAUAAUCCAAGUCCCUCAUUUGCAGUCGGGCGAGGUCCCCAAGGCCUUUGUCGUCAGAUCACGGGAGUCGGAGGGAAAGUCAGACCUGCAGACGGCGAAGGAGAUUUGUCAGCAUGUUGAACAGCACAAGGCGCGCUACAAGUGGUUGGUUGGGGGGGUCGAGUUUCUUGAAGCUAUUCCGAAGAGCCCAACCGGAAAGAUUCUUCGAAGAGUGUUGAGGGAAAGGGAAAAGCAAGCACGCAAGGCUCAAGAGGCAAAGUUGUAA